AUGCGUCUCGAAGUCUCCCAACCCCGCGAGAGCACGACCGUCAUAGCGGACGAGUUUCGCACGGCGAGCUACACCAUCACGCCCGUGAAGAACGCGGAGAACAUGUCCGUGAUCAUGAAGACCGGCCAGGCUGGGGACGAGGUCAUCGCCAAGUUCGACUUUCGGACGUUGCGCGCGGACAGGUUUUGGUUGCGUGGGAAGGAGCUGGAUAUCAACAAGUAUUUGCAGAAAAAGACGUUCUCUUCGACACGGACAUUUACGACCGCGCAGGGGCGCACGUACUCCUGGGCACCAGCAGGCGUGUCUUCUCUUGUGCUGAGAAACGAGGGCGGCUGGGAGAUCGGAAGGUCGCACAACGCCUCUCGCGGUAUCGUCGGCAAGGAGAAGCACGGGGCGUACAUCGAGAUUGACGAUUAUGACGACCUGUUUCAUGAUCUGGACGAGCUGGUCAUUACGUUUGCGUAUAUCAAGGAGAAGGAGAGGCGGGAUCGGGGAGCAUGA